AUGACAGCCGACUCGCUCGACCAGAGCGCUGCCCGCGGGACCUCCCACACACUUACCGGCGGCUCAUCCAAUAACACGACAUUGGACAGCCCCCUAUUCCACCCAGAAAAGGAGUCCCGCUCUCACCCCUCGCGGCCCUCCUCCCGUCACUCUCACCUCACCACCACCUCUUCAGAUUCCUCCAACGGCGACCCCCUAUCCCCCCUCGAACACGCCCUCGGCCGAACCACAUCCAUCCCCCAAACCGACGCCAUCUACCAACAAGAUGCCGACAACAACAACAACAACCACCUCACCCACACCCGCACCGGCCGCACCUCCAUCACCUCCGCCGCCUCCCGCCCCCCAGACUACGAAGUCACCAUCUCCACGGACGACCCCGAGCACCCCAUGAACUGGCCCUUUUGGUACAGGACCUACACCAUCAUCACGGUCUCCUACUCCACCUGGGUUGUAGUGCUCUACUCAACCUCCUACACAGCCACCCUCCCAAAAAUAAUGGACGAAUUCGACAUCACCUCCAAACCCAUCGCCACCCUGGGCCUGACAACCUACCUCCUAGGCCUAGCAGCCGGCUCGGUGAUCGUAGCCCCCAUGUCGGAGCUCUACGGCCGCAGACCAGUCUACCUCGUCUGCCUCGCCGCGUUUAUUGUUCUCAUCAUCCCCUGCGGAUUAGCCGACUCGCUGUCAGAGAUGGUGAUAGUCCGUUUCUUCGGCGCCCUCUUCGGCUCAGCCAUGAUCUCCAACUCUCCCGGAACAGUAGUCGACAUCUCCUCAGACAAGUACCUCGCCCUCUGCAUGUCACUAUGGUCCAUCGCCCCCCUCAACGGUCCGGUCACCGGCCCCCUGAUCGGCGGCUUCGUCAACGACUACCUCGGCUGGCGGUGGGGAAACUGGUUGGCCAUCAUCCUCUCCGGCAUCGCUUUUGUCCUCACCUUUUUCGUCCGAGAAUCCUACCUGCCCACGCUGAUAAAGCAGAAAGCCGCGCGGAGGAGGAAGGAGACGGGGGAUGAGAACUGGUGGUGUAAAUACGACCAGCGGUCUGUUUCAACAUGGGGGUUGUUGAAGCUGAAUCUGUCCCGGCCGUUUGUGCUCGCGGUGACGGAGCCGAUUUUGUGGUGUUUUAAUAUCUGGAUAUCCGUGAUCUACGGCAUCCUCUACCUCUGCUUCAUCGCCUACCCCAUCAUCUUCACCCAGCACCGCGGCUGGUCACCCUCCCUCACCGGCCUCUCCUUCCUCGGCAUCGGCCUCGGCACCCUCCUCUCCAUCUUCCUGGAACCUUUGUGGCGGAAAAUGAUAAACUCCUCCCCUAAACGCGACCCCCUCAACCCGUCCCGCCCGGCACCAGAAGCCACAGCGUUGAUCAUGUGCGUCGGUGCCGUCCUCACCCCCAUCGGCCAGCUCGUCUUCAGCUGGACCAGUCUCCCAGCCUCAAUCCACCCUUCCAUCUCCCUCCUGUUCGGCUCCGUCCCCUUCGGCAUGGGCAACACGCUUUCGUUCAUCUACGGGAGCAACUACCUCGCGGGAGCGUACGGGAUAUACGCCGCUUCCGCGCUGGCAGGGAACGCGGUGAUGAGGUCAGUGUUUGGGGCUGCGCUGCCGCUGGCGGGGCCGGCGAUGUACAAAGCCAUGAGUCCGCAGUGGGCGGGGACGUUUCUGGGGGGGUUGGAGGUGAUGCUGGUGCCGAUUCCGUUCUUGUUUUAUAAGUGGGGGGAGAGGAUUAGGGGGAAGUCGAGGGUGAUCAGGCUGAUGAGGGAGGAGAGGGAUAGAGAGGAGAAAACGGCCGAGAGGAGGCGGAAGAGAGCGGCGAGGAGGGCGGCGAGGGGUGGGAGGGAUGUUGAAGGGGAGGAGGGGGAGGGUGAAAAGACAGAAGUGGAGGAGGGGAAAGGACGGGGAAGGGAGAUGGGGGUUUAG